AUGAAGAGCACACGACACGAUGCCUCGGUCAAGUGGAAGUGGGCCUCGUCCAUGCUCGCUCUGGCCUCCAUGGAGGCGGCCACGGAGGGGAGCAGCGAGUUCGAGGAGGCCAGCCUGGCCAGCAAGCGCAAGCAGUUCCAGCAGGCCAACGACAAGUUUGCCGAAGCGGCGCGCAUGGUGGGCUGGGGCGGAGUGCAGCGCGAAUGGGGCGUCUGUCUCAUGAGGUGGGCGCUCUGGGAGAUCAGGGUGCUGCAGAACAAGGAGCGGCUGACGCUCAUGAAGGAGCAGGACAAAGAGCGCGAGCGGAUACGAAGCCUCAGCUUCGCCUACGGCACCGAGGGCUGGGAUCCACACCGGCGCGAGGCCGACUUUGUCACCAUCAGCCUGGGCGAGUCGUCCGCCGGGCUGCAGCAGAAGCGCGAGGCGCUCGCCCACCGGCCCCACCGGGCCGCGACGACCGGCGACGACACCAACAACCCCACAGCCGGCGCCGGCGCCGACGUCGGCUUGGACGGCGGCGCGGUGGCCUCGCCGUCGCGGGUGCGCAGCAGGACCAGUGCGGGGGUGCGCGAGGAGUUUGACCGCGAGCCCGCGACGCCGCCCAAGCCCCAGGGGGGCUUCCUCUCGUCCCUGCUGCGCCGGGGCAGCUCGGUCAUCUCCUCCUCGCUCUCCUCGCUGGCCAUGGCCCCAACGCUGCCGCCGCCGGCGGACAUAUUCGAGCCCUAUCCGCCGGCCACGACACGGCACGAGGUGGAGGAGCUGGCCAGGCGCCACGAGGAUCGCGUGCUGUCGACGAGAGGCCUUCGUGGUGGCAACCGCCCGCCGGCGGGUGGCGCGGCUGUCGAGGAGACGGCCUACAGGGAGCGGGACUUCACCAAGGAGAGCGAGGAGAUGCAAAUCGCCAGCACCAUCGAGAGCCUGUUCGAGCAGGCCUACGAGAAGUUCAGCCUCGGUGAAAAACUGUACACGGAGGAGAUGAACAGGCUCAGCCUGCUCCAGGAGAUCGAGGUGAAGAGCGGCAGCUCGGGCGAGGAGAGCGGCGCCUAUGACUACCGUCGGGUGCCCACCGACACCGCCGCCCGAAGCGACGACGACAAUGACGACAGCGCCGGCUACGACGACGACCACGACGUCGACGUCGACGGGGAGCAGAACCAGGAGGGGAAGGAGAGGGACGAGGAGCCCAACGAAGAAGAGGAGGAGACUGGGGAGGGGGAGGAGGUGCCGGGUGAGGCCGAGGCGCUGGACAACCCGGCCAUCCAGGAGGAGGCGGCGCAGACCUACGAGGGGUCGAGGGAGCGCAACGCCAACAUGGAGAAGUUCUACUGCCUGCUCCUGGCCAAGUGGGAACACGAUGACCUGUUGCUGGAGGCGUCGGCGGACUUGACCGAGCAAUCGCCGGCCGACCUAGACGCAUACGAAGAAGACAUGAGGCAUGCGUUCUCGCUCUAUCAGACGGCCUGCCACCUCUUCUUCCGCGCCUACCGAUGUGUAAAUAGGUCCACGGAGAUAGCUCCGGAGGACGAGAAGAGGCUCAUGAUCCAGUGCAUCACCAAGUGGGCGCGCAGCGUGGACGGCAUGCUGACGCUGAAGGAAGUCCAGCCGGGCGUGAGCGGCGACCACGCCACCGAGGAGGGCGAGGGAGGAUUUCACGAGAUGGUGGACCUCUUCCUCGCCGCCUAUUCGUCGAGGAUGAUGCAAUAUGGGAUGGGCGAAUUCACGCUGGGUCCGCUGAUCGCGAUCGCCCUCAGCAAGGACCCGCACGCCGCCCAAGCUGGCAAGCAGAUGAAGCUGAGCAUGAUCGAGGAGAUCAGGAAGGGCGAGGAGCAAACCCAAAGGGAGGGCAUUCUCAAGGAGCUGAAGAAGCUGCCGCCCGACAUCGUCGCCGAAAUCCAGCGUAACCAAUUGUCCCAGCAAGAGAUAGUGGAGAACUACGACAUCUUCCGCAACGCGCUGUGGUUCCGUACCCGCAUCAUGCUGGCCAGCCCGCUGGCCUCCACCAUCUCCGCCUCCGUUCCGCCCUUCGGCCCCUCCGCCUCCUUCCUCCCCGCCUUCUCCGCCAGAUACAAGCGAGUGCGGUUGGACAGCUGUCGCGCGAGAAGAAAGCAGCGGAUGAAGAGGAGAAGGGAGCCCCCAGCAUCGGCCGCCGCCGCCGAGGUCGAGGUCAAGCUGUUGGCCGAGAACCCGAAGAACCGAUACACCCACUGGGAGGUGAUCGGCCAGGGUGCCUUUGGAGAGGUCUUCACCGCCAAGUCCGUCACACAUCCCGAUGAGCGGGAGCUCCGACGCGGCAAGGCCGAGAUCGCGCUGAUGGCCAAGUGCCGACAUCCGAACAUUGUGUCGCUUGUCGACGCGUUCCACUGGAACAACACCAUAUGGGUGGCAAUGGAGUACUGCGACGGCGGCACCCUGCGCCAGUUCCGCCAGAAGGCGGACAUCGACGAACCCGAAAUCGCCUACAUCUGUCGCGAGAUAUUGAAGGGGCUGCAGUAUCUGCACUCGCGCGGACAGAUGCACCGCGACCUCAAGGGCGAGAACGUGCUGCUCAACCUCUCCGGCGAGGUCAAGAUCGCCGACCUGGGCCUCGCGGCCGACGCCAAGACCGCCGCCGCGGCGGGCAUCGCCGGCACGCCCGGCUUCAUUGCCCCCGAGAUGAUCAAACGCACCGGCUACGACACCAAGUUGGAUAUUUGGAGCUUCGGGUGCCUGGUGAUGGAGAUGGUGGAGGGCUCGGCCCCGUACCGAGAGUUGCUGCCCAUCAAGCGGCUGAUGCGCACCGCCAUCUCGGGCGCGCCUGGCCUCAAGGAUCCGGAGCAGUACUCGAAGGCGUUCCGUCACUUCCUCUCGUGCUGCCUCCAGACCGAUCCCAAGCUCCGCUACUCGGCUGCUCAACUGCUCCACCAUUCGUUCCUGGAGCAGGCGAUAGGGAAGGAGCGGAUUGUGGGCCUGUUCUCGUACAUCUUCGUGGGCGAGACGCUGGAGCUGACGGGCCUCAUGUAA